UGCAAUUUGACUCCUUUUCUAGGAGGCGAUCUUACUUCAUUGCUGGCUUUCCCAAUGAUGCGACGCUUACACUGCGCACUAUGAGCUACGGUGACCACUGAACUACUCGCUGUCUCUUUUUUCGAUCGACUGUUCAGUUUCUAGAGUGCGGUGAACUCUGGUUGCAUUAUGGCGCGCGUCCCGGUUAUUGGGAGGUUGUUUUGGUUUGAGUAUCUGGCUCUCUUUGGGUCGCUGAUCUUGGUGUUGCUGGAGUGGGUGAUACACAUCAUCACUUUCUGUCUGCCCGAACCUGUCAUUCGCUUCUGUUACGAUCGCUCCAAGACUAUCUUCAAUCUCCUUAUUCCUCCUGGGGAUGACUUAGACAGGCGGGAUAAUGAAGAAAAGAUCGCUGUAGCUGUGGCGCAGGCGUCCGACUUCACAGACAUUUGCUCUUUGUUUGGAUACCAAGCGGAGGAGCACAUCGUUCAGACGGGAGACGGCUACUUGCUCGGCCUGCACCGUCUCUCCUGUCGCAAGGGCGAGGAAGGAAAACGGGUCAACCAGGGGGAGGGGAGUAUCAAAAAGAAGGUCGUGUACCUUCACCAUGGGUUGAUGAUGUGCAGUGAGGUCUGGGUCUGCUUGUCCGAGGAACAGCGAUGUCUGCCUUUUCAACUGGUAGAGCGCGGCUACGACGUGUGGCUUGGAAAUAAUCGCGGUAACAAGUAUUCGAAGAAGUCCGUCAAGCAUUCGCCGUUGUCCAACGAGUUCUGGGAUUUCUCGAUCGAUCAGUUCUCCUUCCAUGACAUCCCCGACAGCAUUCGGUACAUCCUCGAAGUGACGGAGCAGCCCUCCCUGUCAUACAUUGGCUUCUCUCAAGGCUCGGCCCAGGCUUUCGCGACCCUCUCCAUUCAUCCGCUGUUGAACCAGAAGAUCGACGUCUUUGUGGCUCUCGCGCCCGCGAUGGCCCCGACGGGUCUCCCGAACCAUGUUGUGGACUCGCUGAUGAAGGCCUCGCCUAACUUCCUGUUCCUCCUGUUCGGCCGACGCAGCAUCCUCAGCUCAACCACCAUGUGGCAAACCAUACUCUACCCCCCUAUCUUCGUCUGGAUUAUUGACACGUCGCUUCGGGGUCUCUUCAACUGGAGAUGCAAGAGCAUCAGUCGCUGGCAAAAGCUGGCCGGAUACCUGCACCUGUUCUCGUUCACUAGCACCAAGUCGGUGGUGCACUGGUUCCAAAUCAUCCGCCACCGAAACUUUCAGUUCUACGACGAUGAGAUUCACGCGCCGCUCAGCAUCGUUGCCAGCGAGCGCUUCUACAAGCCGGUCAAGUACCCGACCAGAAACAUCAAGACGCCCAUCGUGCUGUUGUACGGUGGGAGCGACAGUCUGGUCGACAUCAAUAUCAUGCUAUCGGAGCUACCCAGCGGGACCGUGGCCAAGGAAAUCCCCGAGUACGAGCAUCUGGACUUCCUGUGGGCGCAUGAUGUGAACCAGCGGGUUUUCAGUCAUGUGUUCGACGCCCUGGAGCAGCAUGACCGCAAGGUGAAGGGGUCGGAUCAAGUCAAUGGUGUCAAAGAGAUGGCAGAAUCCGAUUGGGUUUGCGGUCUGACGGACCUGUCUGCAGCUUCGGCUCGAUAAGCAGGGAUGCAGUUGAGGAGAGGUUGCCUGUACAUGAUAGAAGCAAAGACCCGACAGGGUCGAAGGGACAUCCUACCGACCUUAGGGCGCCCAUCGAGCGAGGAAGUCUUCGGAGGGGAGGGAACGCUAGCACAUAUCGCCCAUCAGCGGCUUGGAUCCAAUUGGCUGUUUUGGCGCAGAGGGACAUAUAGAUGCAUAGUACUUUCCUAAACAGUCAUGAUGGAUUGCAGUGUAUUCUGCAGGAAGAUCAUAGGAUCGCUUCGCUUAGAAAGAUUCGGCCGGCAGAAUGAAGGUUUUGUGUCUAGAAUUGAAUGCGGCGAUGCAUGUCACUUGGCGAGUCAUCUUUGUACAGCACAUGAAUGCUUAUCAGCCGUCUAGUAUAGCC